UGAGACCACCGUCUUCAACAUCGCCGCGCGCUGGCGGGAGUGAACGAGAGGAGCGGGGAAAGGGGCGACGGCCGCCCGCCCGGCUCACCGCGCGCCCGCCACCCGCCAGUCAGCUGUUAACUCACCAGACGAUCAUCCGCGCUCGCGCAUCCUAAACCCCUUUUCUUAUUAUUUCGUUCCGUAGAUGCGACACCUUUGUACCAGUAAUACCUUUGCUACAGCCCUUUUUAUUCGUAAUACAGUUAUAAAUACAGUCCACUCGAGUUUUACUGCCUUCUUCGUUGAACCAGCCACGGCACCCCAACAUAUGGUCCUUCUACCGUCUUACGAAGAAACAAGAUCGAAGAACAAAGGAGCUGUACAGUGGGUUCAAGUCGUCUUCACCUGAGAUUAUCUGCUUGCUUGGAUUUCUUGAAGCUUUCGUCGUUAGGGACGUCUCCAAUCACACGGGAACAAAGUACCGUCCUUGUUGAUUGGUGCCCAGAUUCGAAGACUGAUCCAGGAGAAGAACUCUCAGGACUGCGGGACAGGAAGAUCUUCAUCGAUAUCAAGCAUACAACUAUAAAUUGUCGUCGUGUCUUGAGGAUACUUGAAAAACUCCACGUCACAAUCAUCAUCAGUGGUUUGCAACAAAAAUCGUGAGAUCGUUCCAAAUUAUUCCUUCAUUUAUCAUUGCAUAUCCAUUCAACACCAUAAUCAUCCCAUACGCUUCAUCACCUUGUCUAACCAUCAUUUCAUUAACUUCAUUUUAAAUUUAUUCAUUUCUAUAAUAUUGCAAGUCAUUCGAAAACUGCAAGUCAUUCUCAAUAGAUUAGUCAUUCAUCUUGUAUUUAGUGCUGUUCAUCUCUUCAUACAUUCAUAAGUAGCUUAGGCAGUCAUUUCCAUUAUCAUAUUUCAUUUCAUUUAAUUGUUUUUUUUUUCCAGCAACUUAAAUUAUAAGCAUAUUUUUGCAAACUUCACACAGCUAAACGCCUGCUGAGAUAUUCCUAGCAACCUAUCACAUAAAUAGAAAUUGCUUCUAAAUUGAUUUUAGGCGAACUGCAGCUUAAUAAACUUGCUUAUAACUUUUUAUCUUACCCUACAUAUUUUUGUAAAAAAUAUUUUUGUAUUUUUCUUUUGCUUUUCUUAUAAUUUUAUUAUCUUUGCAUAAUGACAGAUGCUAAAAGCUUAAUUAAGAAGCGAGCUUCAGUUAAAGCUAAGCUUACACAAUUUGCAUCCUUUUUAAAUCUAUCUCAAUCCUGUAAGCAACUUAGCGAUACGCAAACAGUUGAGGUUGAAUACCGUCUUAACAUAUUUGAAAAUUUAUACGAAAAAUACGAUGCAUUACAGUGUGACUUGGAGACACUCGCGGACGAUCCCAGCGAGCAAUAUGCGGAGCGGGAGGAGUUUGAGAAGCAAUAUUACAGCUUGGUGGCUACCGCCCGGCAGCUGAUCAGCGCCACCCGCAGUAAGCAGGCAGGAGAGUCGUCGUCCGAGGUGGGAUCUUGUGCUAGUCACACACAUACACAUAACUCUAUACGUCUACCAAAAAUUGAUCUACCUAAGUUUUCGGGCAGCUAUCAUGAUUGGCUAGAGUUUAGGGACACAUUCACUUCAAUAAUCCAUAGCAAUAAUAACAUAAGUAAAAUCAAUAAAUUACAUUAUCUUCGCGCUUCUUUAAAAGAUAGUGCUUCUCUUGUCGUAGACAAUUUAGAUUUCAGUGCGGAGAACUACGAUGCUGCCUGGAGGUUACUUUGUGACAGGUAUGACAAUAAGAGAUUACUUGUCAAUAAUCACGUGCAAGCUCUCUUUAAUGUAAACCCUAUCUCUAAAGAGUCAAGUAAGUCGUUACGCCUUAUUAUUGAUACAACGAACAAAAAUCUUAGAGCCUUAUCUACACUUGGGCAACCAGUUCAACACUGGGAUACGCUUAUAAUUUAUAUUAUGGCUAGUAAAUUAGAUCAGGUGACAAAUCGUGAGUGGGAGGAGCAUAGAAACUCUCUGACUGAACCUCCAACAUUAAAUAUUUUUAUUAACUUCCUCAGCAACAGAUCAGAUUUAUUAGAAACACUUGAGGAGUCGAAGUCCAUCAAAACAAGAGGCGAGGGUCACAGCGACAACAAUAAAUCUAAUAAAAGUUUUCUGGCCACUACUGAUAAACCUAAAUAUAAGCCUUUAUUGUGUCCAAUGUGUAAACAGGAUCAUCAUGUAUUCACUUGUGAGACAUUCAAAUCACUUCCAGUGGAGGUUCGUAACAAAAGGGUUCAUGGUUUUAAUGUAUGUCUCAACUGUCUGCGACCAGGCCAUGAUGCUAAUAAGUGCAAGUUAGGACAUUGCAAAUAUUGCAAUAAAAAGCACAAUACAUUGCUGCACGUUCAUAAUGAUAGUGAACUCUCAAACACUCAAAAUGUCGUCUUGUCAGCUAAUCAUUCUGCUUCAUCUCGCAUAAUUCUACUUUCCACAGCGCUCGUGCAGGUGACGGACACAAAGGGCAACUGUCACACUGCUCGAGUCUUGCUGGACAACGGGAGCACGGCCAACUUCGUGUCCAGCGACUUAGUCCAUCCAGAACGAGAACAUCACCAAUUUGCAGCGGUUCCGUCGCAUUGAAUACCUGAAGCAGCACUUUUGGCACCGGUUUUCCCACGAAUACAUUUUGUGGCUUCAAGAGAAAACCAAGUGGCGCCGUUCUUCCGGGGAACUUAAGGAAGGGACACUUGUCGUAGUCAAGGAUAAGGGGUCACCUCCUCUGCUGUGGUUACUAGGUCGAAUCGUCCACGUCCUACCUGGCAGGGAUGGAAUCACUAGAGUCGCCGACAUCCGCACACGUAAGGGUGUCAUUCGGCGAGCUUUUAAUACCAUCUGCCCUCUUCCAGUCACUACAGUUGAAGAUCCUUCAACGGGGGGAGUAUGUUGAGACCACCGUCUUCAACAUCGCCGCGCGCUGGCGGGAGUGAACGAGAGGAGCGGGGAAAGGGGCGACGGCCGCCCGCCCGGCUCACCGCGCGCCCGCCACCCGCCAGUCAGCUGUUAACUCACCAGACGAUCAUCCGCGCUCGCGCAUCCUAAACCCCUUUUCUUAUUAUUUCGUUCCGUAGACGCGACACCUUUGUACCGGUAAUACCUUUGCUACAGCCCUUUUUAUUCGUAAUACAGUUAUAAAUACAG